CCCAGUGGGCUCGAGUGGGAGAGGAGCCAAUACAAGCGGAGGGGAGGCGUGUCCUCGCGCUACACCGAGACCUCCCCAGUGCAGGUUGUUGCGUUCGGGCUCUAAAGCCUGGAGACCUCCGAAGUGCGCGUCAGUUUCACAAGUAGGAGCCAUGGCGACAACUGCUCAGUACAUCCCGCGGAAUAACUCCUUACCGUCUAACCCGCUCAUGCAUCCGGACUCGGACAGGAUGCACCAAGGGACGACCUACAGAGAGGUGCAGAAAAUGAUGCACCACGAGUAUUUGCAGGGGCUCGCAGCCACAAACACGGGACAUCCGAUGAGUUUGACGCACCACCAGUGGCUGCCCACGUCCAACACCGACUGGUCGAGCAGCAGCCACCUCCAGCAGGACCACAAGAGCAGCGUGCAGACCCGCGAGGACCUGACCACGAGCUUCCAUCACAGGUCCCAUCUGGUGCACCAGCAGCAGAGCGCGCACCAUGGCUCAUGGGCGCCCACCACCACGCAUCACCUUUCCCCGCUUUCUCCCGCGUCAAACGGCCACCAGUCCCUGGUGUACUCUCAGCCAGGGUAUACGAACCUCAAUGCGAUGAUGAGCCCGCUGAACCACGGCAUGCGUGAGUCGCUUCACGACGACACGUCCGGUGGCCACGAUAACCAGCUGGAGUCCCCACAGCAGUUCAGCCAUCACCAGGACCACUCGGACGAGGACGCGCCCAGCUCCGACGACUUGGAGCAGUUCGCCAAGCAGUUCAAGCAGCGCAGGAUCAAACUGGGCUUUACGCAGGCGGACGUGGGCCUCGCGUUGGGUACCCUCUACGGGAACGUCUUUUCUCAGACCACUAUCUGCAGAUUUGAGGCACUGCAGCUCAGCUUCAAGAACAUGUGCAAACUUAAGCCGCUGCUAAACAAGUGGCUGGAGGAGACGGACUCGAACACGGGCAGUCCCACCAAUUUGGACAAGAUCGCCGCGCAGGGCAGGAAACGAAAGAAGAGGACGUCCAUCGAAGUUGGGGUGAAAGGGGCGCUGGAGAAUCAUUUCUUAAAAUGCCCAAAGCCAUCCGCGCACGAAAUCAGCACUUUAGCCGGCACUCUGCAGCUGGAAAAAGAGGUAGUGCGCGUGUGGUUUUGUAAUAGAAGACAAAAAGAGAAAAGAAUGACACCAGUGGGGGUCCCUCACCCGAAUAUGGACGACGUAUAUUCCCAAGCAGAGACCCCUCCUCUACACCGCACACUACAGAGCCCUGUGCAGUGACUGUUUUCAUGAACGCUUUGAGGGGGGAGAGAAAAGGGGAAAUGAUGGGACUUGUGGAGUUUACAGUAUUUAAGUUUGGCUUUUGUUGUUCCUGACACAAAAAGAGACACGAGGGAGUUUGUUUGAACACCUUAGUAUUCGGAGUAAGUCUUGUCCAACAAAUAGAUGGCAGGAGCAAAAUGUUAAAAAAGGAAAAAAAAAAUACAGAAAAAAGAUUGAAAAUAUUUGCUAUUACUGAUUUCGUGCGCGUUUAAAGUGAAACAAAGAUCUUUAUUUACCAAAAUUUUAUGGAGGCGACAUGCGUAUAAAGUAAAUCCCAUGGCUGGUCACUGUGCCACAGAGGCCAUCUCCUCUCGGUGCGCCGUGGACUCUCACCACAACAGGACGCAACACCGGACGCUGCAGACGAAUGAACAUUGUGCUUUUUUCAGGCUCAAACUGAUUAAUAUUAGUGUAUAUGUUCUUUGUUUGAGAUGUGUUGCUUUUUUGAAUUAUUGCAGUGUCUGUCUGUCGACUUGAUUUCAUUAUCAUUUGUUCAAUUUGCUCAACUUUAUGGUGGUGAAAAACAAGUAGAAAUUGUUGAAAAUGCAACAGGACUGAGCCUAAGUUCUGACUGCACGCCUUAAGAAUUACCACGUCGAAAAUGGAGACAGAAAAGAGACGCUAAACGGAACACGCAUUUCUAUUGUUUUGGGGUAAUAUUUUAUUUGCAUGGAGCACUUAUUCUUUUAAUUUAAUUGCAAUUGAUAUUUGUCAGUGACAUUGUGAGUGGACAAUAGGCUUAAACCCGCAGUAAAUGUUAUGUUUACGGUGUUUUAGGACGAAUCAGAAUUGAAACAUCCAAACAGAAGCGUUAGAACUCAGGUAACUCCAGUGGCCCAUGUUGGAACACACGCCUGCAUUCACUCCUGUCUCUUACGCAUCAUGUAAUGUAUUAUAUUCCAGGCAAAACAAAACAACACUGGAUUGGGAGUCACGGAUAGAGUUCCUUACGGGAAUAUAGCGAGUUUUAGACGUAUUUAUUUUUUUUCUGGCCUGAAAGGAAAUCUAAAAAUCUCACGCGUUGUGUCAUCCAUCAUUGUCUGAGCAGUCCAAUAGCCCACAGCAGUGCUAUUCUCUACAUACGAGGGUUUUGUUUUUCAAGAAAAAUAAUAAUGAUACAAAAAACAAGAUUUUAGAGAAAAUGUUGCCAGGAUUAUUUCCGAAGUGUAAAUAUGUCGAAUAUGUAAACUUGUAUUUGUUCUGAGAUAUUGUUUUGGUUUUGUUUCUUUCCGGGCAGUUUUGUACACUUACUAAUUCCAAGAAGAUAUUUUAAUAUUGAUUUCAUUUAUGAAUCUGACCAUUUAUAUAUAUAUUUAUUUCUUAAACGUGUUUGGAGCUUUUUGUUUGGCUCUUAAUGGUUUUGUU